AUGUCCAACAUCGUCGGCAUCGAGUACAACCGCGUCACAAACACCUCCUCCACAGACUUCCCGGGCUUCGCCAGCGACCAGGACAAUGCCUGGGACCUCGACCGCUUCAAGAACUCCUUCGACGUCCGCAUCGAGUCCCUCGACGACCGCGAAGUCAACUUCGACCUCAUCGGCGUAGACACAUCCAUCGCAAACGCAUUCAGACGUAUCAUGAUCUCGGAAGUCCCCUCCGUCGCACCAGAAUACGUCUACUUCUUCAACAACACUUCGGUCUUGCAAGACGAAGUCCUCGCCCACAGAAUCGGUCUCGUGCCCUUGAAAGUAGACCCCGACAUGCUCUCAUGGAUCGACUCCUCGCUGCCCGAAUCCGAACGUUUCACAGACGAAAACACAAUCGUCAUGUCUUUGAACGUCAAGUGCACCAGAAACCCAGACGCUCCACCAAACUGUGAAGACCCUCGCAUCCUAUACCGCAACGCCCACAUCUACGCCCGCGACCUCAAGUUCGAGCCCCAGGGCAAACAGGUCGAACAGUUCGCCAAGUGUCCCGUCGUCGCUGCUGACCCAGAUAUCUUGCUCGCAAAGUUGAGACCGGGACAAGAAAUCUCGCUUCGCGCUCACUGCAUCCUGGGAAUCGGUAGCGACCAUGCCAAGUUCUCCCCCGUCGCAACUGCAAGCUACAGACUGCUUCCGCAGAUCGAUAUACUAGAUGAGAUUCGCGGCGAAGACGCCAAGAAGUUCGUCAAGUGUUUCGCCAAGGGCGUCGCUGAUAUCGACAGCGAAGGACGUGCCUACAUCAAGGACCCACGAAAGGAUACCGUGUCGCGCGAAGUGUUGCGCCACGAGGAGUUCCAGGGCAAGGUCAAGCUGGGACGCGUGCGGGACCACUUCAUCUUCAACGUGGAGAGCGCCGGUGCCAUGACGCCCGAGGAGAUCUUCUUCAAGUCCGUGCGCAUCUUGAAGAACAAGGCGGAAUACUUGCGGGGCUGUCCGAUCGGCAGUGCAUAG